UAUCUGGUUGUCGAUUUGAUGAGCGGAGGUGAUUUACGAUUCCACAUCUCGAGAAAGACCUUCACCGAAGACGCAGUGCGGUUCUGGAUUGCCGAAUUGGGAUGUGCACUCCGCUACAUUCACAGCCAAAACAUUAUCCAUCGUGAUGUGAAACCAGACAAUGUCCUGCUUGAUGCCGAUGGACACGUGCAUUUGACCGACUUUAACGUCGCCUCCGAUAUCAUUCCCGGCAAGGUUUUGUCAAGCAAAUCGGGUACACUGGCCUACCUCGCCCCCGAAGUGUACGCUGGUAAGGGCUACGAUGUUCGUGCAGAUUGGUGGUCGCUGGGUGUGCUAUUCUACGAAUGCAUAUACAACAAGAGGCCAUUCGACGGCAACUCGGAGAGCACUCUCAGCCAGCAAAUCCAACUCGCCAACCCGAAAUACCCCAUCACUUCGCCACCCGUGAGCUUACCCUGUUUAUACGCAAUCCGCGAUGCCUUGGAUUCGAACCGUGAUCAACGAAUGGGAGCAACGUGGGAGAGUUUUACCAAGCACGAAUUCUUUAUGAUGAUCGAUUUUGAGGCGCUGGAGCGAAAAGAGAUUGAGCCAGUCUUCGUUCCGGCCGCGGACAAGACAAACUUUGAUGCUACGUACGACCUCGAGGAAUUGCUCUUGGAGGAGGCUCCUCUGGAAGCGCGGGCCCGACGACAAAAGCCUCGCGAGCGGCUAAAAGAGGACGCUUCAGACAAGGAGAUCCGUGAAGACGAGCUUUACCGCAUGAUUGAAAACGACUUCCGCCCAUUCGAUUACACGCUGGCUGCAUACAAAAAAAUUACCGGACAAGGUGAAGAGGGCGGAUACGUUAAUGGCGAUAUGGUCAACAUGAAUCAGCCUCAGGCGUUGACCACCGACGAGGCUACACCGGCAGCAAUGGCUACAAAUGGAGGAAGACCUAUGCCACCCCCGGGGCCAUUACGGAAGAGUUCGAGCCUGGAGAGACGCCCGGGCAGCAGUCAAUCCGGUGUUCCCCGUCGACCAGUGUCCAAGCCGCCUCCGAUACCGCAUUAUCCUAGCGAAUAUUCUAAUCAACGAGCGGCACCGCCAGCUGCAGGGAAGAGGGUCACCAGCCCGACAGGUGGCAUGCAGGUUACGUUGGACGGUGGUGGCAGCUGGUCUGAUCUCGCCCGGCAGGAUGCUACUCUGCCGACAGAUGCCAACGCCAUCAGCGAGGGCAAAUCUGAGAGCUCAAGUGGCGUAUUCGGCUUCCUUAGGGGCAAGAAAGGAAGAGGUCACAGCCCCAAACCGAAGGAGAGGGGAGUGUUGGGCAAAGAGGGGGCACGACAAGUCAUUGGAUAG